GGGGGCCGCAAAAAGCUUCCUUUGUAACCUCAGAUUUGCGUGACUUGCAUUCUCUCUGCACCGAGAAGGGGAAGUGGCGCUGCAUAAAUGCAACCGUAGACAGAAAUCAAGAUAGGGAAAGUGUUCCAAAUCCGUCUGCAGUUUGUUCAGUCAGGUUAUUUUGGCGCACAGCGAGGCGAGCCUCUGCCAAACCACGGCACACGCCUGAGGCAGCAGAGCCCGCGCCCCCCGGCCGGCGCGGGGCUGCAUGGAGGCGGAGCGGCGCUGACGGCCGGCUCGGGAGCGCCGGGGCCGGCUCGGGAGCGCCGGGGCCGCCUCUGCCCGGGCACCGCCUCUGCAGGCAGCGCUCCGGGCUCCCGACGUACAGAGUAAAGAUGAGUGAUGAAGAGAUUCUUGUGUGUGCAGUACAAUUUGGAGACAAUUUCUGCCUCUAUUUUGCAGAUGAUGAUGGGCUGGAAUGUGAUGCCUUUAGUAAGGAAAAAAUUCUCCACCAUGUCCUUCGAAAUGUCAAUAGCCAGUUGCUUGUGGUUCGACCAGACUUAAACGUGGCAGCUUUUGAAGAUGUGACAGAUCAGGAGAUGAGAUCUGGCAAUGGAAUGCACUUCUCCAUUCACUAUUAUAAAACUACCACACCUUCAGCGGGGAUGCCUGUUGCAUUCAGUGUCAAGGUAGAAGAUAAAAGCUAUUACAUGUAUUGUGAUAAAGAAUGUGGAAAAACGAUAGUUAGAUUUAGGGAAGGAGAAGUUCCCAAAGACAUUCCUGGAGAAAGCAACAUCAUCUUUUUCAAAAAGACAUUUACAUCCUGUAGCUCCAAAGCAUUUAAGUUUGAAUCCUCACUAGAACAAGGGAUGUUCUUGGCCUUUGAGGAAGCAGGUUCCUUAAGAAAAUUAAUUCUAAAGAAACUGCCAAGAGAAGAUGAAGUGGAUGAAACCAUGAAGAUGAGCUUCUCUAACUUCAGCCAGAAUGAAAGCCACAACCACAACAGUCUUUAAAUAUAUUUUGGCUUUUAUAAAAUACAUCUUAUUCUUUCUUCAUGCGAGACAAGCCAGCUGUAUGCUUUUAGCUACUGUAAGUCAGUACAGAAAUGAGCGUCCUACAAGGGAAAAUGAAUCCAAUAGAAGCGGAAAUAGAAGCAGAAGAAUGUUUUACAGUCAGACAGGAGGAAAGAGAAUUAGAGGGAAGAAAUAAUAAUACAAAAGUGUAUAUAGUUCUGUACAGUUUGAUCCCUAAAAUCUUUACUGCCUGUUAUCAAACAGCUGUUAUCAAAAGACCUGUUUUGGGGUGGGAGAGAACACCGCUGGAAAGAAUAGAUUUGAUAAACAGACCAUGCACCUGGCCAAUAAACACUUUGAAACUACUUUUUUGCAUCAUGAA